CACUGGCCACGUGCUCGCACCCGGACCGGGACGCCCCUGUGACCCUGGCGUGUCAUGGCGCGGCAUCGAGGUGUAUUGAAGAGCUUGGCCACUGCAGUGAGAAGGAGCCUUCUUUGCGUUUGCUGGUCAGCUGCAGGCGCACUGAGUACACCGGAUGACAUGUUGGCCUGCGACAGUGGUGAGGAUUUUCAGCUUCUAGGGGCCAUUGAGGGGCCGACGGAGACGACGACGUGUAGUUGGCAGCCCGUCGAGGGCGCCGUCUUUCUGCCUGGCUAUGCCACAGGCAAACCCUUAGCUGCUGGCUCCCUGAACACCGCCAAGGUGCAUUGUGAAGUUCUGGGAGAUGACUGUGCUGGGAUCACCCUGCAGCCUUGUAGAUCAAACAGUGUCCUCCUCUAUUCCUUGCGUGCCGAGGGGUGGCCAGAGAUCUCCCCACAGGGUGAGAUCUCUUGGUUGAAACGCUGUGGAUCGGCAGAGGUGGAAGUCGAUGAGGUGGGUGCCAUUCCCGCCGCCCCCGGUGCGGCCGGGUGCGGCGAGGAGUCCUUCGCCGGGCUGCAGCAGGCCACGGAGGAAUUCUACACCUCCGGCGUGGUCAAUGUGAACUUGCUGAUCAACAUGGGCACCGUUCUUCGUGCAGCGGCUGCCUCUGGUUGGCACCAGCUGGCAGCAACUUGUGCGCCUGGAGUUUUGCAGACGCUUCUCCUUCGGCAGGAGGAGCGGCUCUUCGUGGACAGGGAGGAGCAGGUCGGCUUGGAGGACAUCUACCAAGACAUCCUGCACAAGAUUUUGCACGAAGGAGAUGAUCCAAGCGCGUCCAUCCUGGCUGAAACGCCAAGUUGGCCUCUACAGCACGGUUAUCAGAGAGUCCGUGAGCUGCGACGGCGCAGCGGAGACCCUCACACCCAGACGGUGGACUUCGUGCUUUGCUUCUGCAGCGUGGCCCGAUCGCCCGGUGGAGGAUACCCACUGGUGGAGGACGAAUUGGGCUGGUUGGCCGAAGUGCUCGCACCACAGGCUGCGCGAUAUCGUAGCCACACGCGGAUCUUUGUCAAGGAGAAGUGCGGUGAUGCAGCUGCGCCGGGAUUUGAGGAGCUCCUAAGCCAAACGCUGCAACACUUUGCUCACGUGGUCCAGGUGCACCUUGUGGAGGAUGCCUUACGAGCGGACGACGCUACGGCCUAUUUGGACCAUUUGUCCGGACCUUUCUAUGACGACCUGGCGGAUUGGACCUUCUUCUUACACGCGGAUGCGCCGGAGCAUGUCCAUCCAUUUCGCCUCCUGGAAGAGGUCCUCUCAGCAGCUCGCCAGGGAGCGCUGGAUGCGAACUUUCCAUUCCUGUAUCUCAGCCACAACUACUUGGAUUUGGGCACCUCCGUGCACACCUGGGACAACUUCGCCUCGCCCAAGCUCUGGCGACGCCUCUUCAGCAGCUCGCUGGCGCCGCCCCGCGAGGCAGUCAAAGGAUACUGCUGUGUGCAGUUUCUCGUACCACGGAAUCGAGCUUUGCUGAGGCCCAAGGAAUGGUAUGCGAAUGCCUUCGCCUACUUUGCUUCUGAGUCCUCCUACUUCGACCUCUUCCCCCAUGGACACUUUGUGACCUGGCAGGACUUGACCUGUCGCGCUCCGGCACAGCUGUGGAUGCCCUGGUGGCACGUGGUUUUUGGGGAAGAGCUUGCUUGCCCCGAGCGGCACCAAGACCCGCGCUUGCCGCUCUUUAUACAGCUGAGGAGCAUUCCGCCGGACCGGAUUCAGUGCUGCUGAGGCUUGGAGUGUCCUUCCAUCCAGUCGGACAUCUGCUGCCCAGAGAAGGAUCAUCAAGCAGGAGGGGACAUGGAGGGAGUACCACUUGGCCUGGGCAGCUGUACCACCUUCUCGGAUUCUAUGACCUGCCUGUCCUUGAGGCCGCUUCGCGACGUGAGCCACCGAUGAUCCCAUGAUCCCGUCCUUUCGGGCGAAGACGGAGCGGUGCCCGUCCGCGCUGGAGCCCCUUGCGGACCAGAAACUGGCGCUUUGCCCACCUGAUCCACCACUAGACCAACAACUACUCGGUGAUUGCCAUGAAGUGGAAGCGGAAGCUGGCGACCUCAAGGUCAGAGAUGCAGGAGCUCCGUCGGACUCCGGAAAGAGCUGCCAACACUGGUGGCAGGGAAACCGUUUGAGCGAGGAAACUGAAGAGGAUUAGGCGAGAGAAAGCUGAAGAGGAAGAAGCUUGACUGUAUUCUUUCGCCCUGGUCGUGUAACACUGCUGGAGCUAAACCUUUGCAUUUUGACCAAUGGUGGCAAAGACUCCAUGCGAGAGAGGAAACUGAAGAGGAUGCAGCUUGGCAAAUUUGCUUCUACCCGGGCCUGGAAAAAGCGUCCAAUCUGCUUUUUCCUGGGCCUGGACAAGCAAUGCACGUCCUGAGAGGAAAAAGAACAAAAGGUGUAGACAUGUGACACUGAACUAUGGAGCUGCUCGCGUUGGUUGUGCGUGCAGGGCUACCCAUGCCAUGCAUUUCCAGUGGCCAAGUAGGUACAUAUAGAGCUUUGCAGACACGCCCCGUAGAACCAUGAGUGUUCAAGAGUGUAUGAGCUGUGCACGUGCAUGCGUUUGUAAAGCAAAGAGUCCGGCGCAAGUGCUUGAAGCGUGAAGCGUGGAGAGUGAUCCAACCCCGAGCUCGGGCCCCGGCCUCACUUGGCUCGGAACGGCCAUACACUGAGCUCAUGACCUCAUGACGGCUCAAAACACAGCUUGGUGAAUCCAGUUGCUCACUGGUACAGAUGGCAGCUACCCUGGCAGCGCCAAGCAGCGACCGGCAGCGAUGUCCGGUUCGGCGGUUCUCUGGCUUCCGAGCACGGGGUGCUGAUCGGCAUCACAUCGAUGAGCUCUGCAUUUCACUUUUUUGCAGGCGACCGGCAGGCGACCUCAGAUCUGUGGCCACGAUGCUGUUGGUGUGUCCUAUGGCAUGUGCGAAGGAAAAUCACGUCAAGUGAAGACUUCCAGCGACGCAGCUGCUUGGUUAGGGGAAGGACAGAAUUCUUUGUGCGUUCAUGCAGCAAGUCAAUGUCAGUCACCAGGUGUGAUGAUUACCAGUACAAAUCGAUGUUAUAGGAUGCUACCUGCUCAUUCUUUGGCCUCUGCAGCGUGCCGUUUCUCUUUUUCUUUAAACGUUUGGGGCCUCUCUUUGGAUACGCUUUGAGUGACCAGAACACCAAACCGUUGCGGCUCAACACUCUCAGCGUCCGCGUUCGUCGCCCCCAGCUGCGCCGACCAGCGAGCGACCCACCAACCGACCUUCGGCAAUGGCCCGCGCCCUGUCCAUCGCCGUGCUUUGCAUUGCUGCAUCUCUUUUGAGCUCUGCUUUCGUGGCUCUGCCUGGCACUGCAACAGAGGGAGCAGCCUUGCGGGGUGCACCGGCACGAUCUCUGCUGGCUGUCUCUGGCAGCCUCGUGGCAUCUGUGCCAGGCCAGGCACAGGCCUUCUCAGAGACGGAACUCAACCAGUUCGGCCUGGUCUUUGCGAUCUUCUUCUUGGGAUUCUUCGUUGCAGGGCUGGUGCGCAUGUUCACGGUUGGCAAGCUCUAAGGACUCAAGAUCCUGGAUGAGUCGCCGUGGUUUGGUGUUUUGUUUUUUAGUUCGCGCAGCAGUGGGAGCGCCGGAUGCGAAAA